AUGGCAGACCAUUCAGCGACCUCUGAUGUCGUACCGCCUCCAGCACCUGCCGAUGUGUACGCUACUGCAGCUGCAGAUCCGACCUUACCAACACUCUACCCAAAGCCUGUGACAAUUCUAGUGAUUGGGAUGGCUGGAAGCGGCAAGACAACGCUCAUGCAGCGACUGGCAGCCUACGGUGUGGACUCUGGUCUACGCAAUUACGUAAUUAACCUUGAUCCGGCAGUGCGAAAGACUGGGUAUACGGCCAAUGUGGAUAUUCGUGACACUGUGGACUAUAAGAAGGUUAUGACAGAGUAUGGACUCGGCCCCAAUGGUGCCAUUAUGACGUCGCUUAACCUCUUUGCAACGCGAUUCGAUCAGGUUAUCGACCUCGUGGGAAAGCGUAGUAGUGAUCUCGAUUAUGCGAUCGUGGACACGCCUGGACAAAUUGAAGCUUUCACGUGGUCCGCAUCGGGUCAGAUCAUAACGGAAUCAUUAGCAUCAACCUUUCCAUCCGUCAUCGUUUACGUCGUGGAUACACCACGUACAGCAAGCCCAAACACAUUUAUGUCCAACAUGUUGUACGCAUGCAGUAUUCUUUACAAGUUGAAAUUGCCCUUUGUGGUGGUAUUCAACAAGAUUGACGUCAUGCGCCAUGACUUUGCAGUUGAGUGGAUGACAGAUUUUGAGGCAUUUCAAACGGCGCUUGAUGAAGUGCAAGAUGACAGCUACAUGGGCAACCUCUCGCGCUCUCUUAGUCUUGUAUUAGAAGAGUUUUAUAAUAAUCUCACAUCCGUUGGUGUGUCAGCUGCAACAGGCGAGGGUAUGCCUGAAUUUUUUGCUGCUAUUGAUGAGGCUGCAAAGCAAUAUGAAAACGAAUACCUUCCUGAUUUAUUAGGGCGCAUCAAACAACAACAGAAGACGAAACAAGUGCGUGCUGAGGCUUCGCUUUCUAGCGUCAUGCAGGAUAUGGAAAUCUCGGCCCGUGAUAAAACUUCGCUCCCUGAUACUUCAUCCAUGUCUAAUGUUGCAGGUGAGCGCACCGACUUAUAA